CUCUCUCUCUCCCUCUUCCCUCUCCCUCUCACUCACUCACUCACUCACUCACAUCAGUUUCAGACCCUAACUCUCUCUCUCUCUCUCUCUCUCUCUCUCUCUCAACAUGUAGCUUCGGAAGCUUUCUCUUCAAAUCGCAUGGCGCAACUUCCUCUUCCACAGCUUUCUCUACGAAAAUGAACUCCGUCUCUUGAGCUGAAAAUCUGUUAUCAAAAAAUGGCGAUACUACUAAAUUCUUCACUUCAUUUCAAGCUUCAUUUUUGCCUUCUGAAUACACAAACAGACAUACAUAUAUAGAUAUGUGGUGAUGCUUGCUACUAGUUUGAAGCGUUUCGUCUUUCGAAUCUGUGUGACUAUGUAUGAACUCACACUCCAUUUCACUUCGUUGUGCUGAUUUAGGAUGCGCUGGUUCGAAUACACGAUCGCUGAAAUGUAGUAUUGAAUCGAGGUAAUAUUUGAGGCUCUAAAACUCUGAAUGCACAAUUUUGGGGCUGAGAUUUGAUGAUUCUGUUAAGUACUAGUUGUUUUGAUCCAUGAAAAAGUUUCACUGCUUUAAGCAAAUCUCCAACAAUGGCAAACUCGAGAGACGCCUCUCUCUCGGAGAAUACGAGCGAGCCGUGUCGUGGUCCAAGUACUUGGUGUCGUCUGGUGCAGAGAUUAAAGGAGAGGGAGAGGAGGAAUGGAGCGCAGACAUGUCUCAGCUCUUUAUAGGCAAUAAAUUUGCUACUGGAAAGCAUAGUAGGAUCUAUAGAGGGAUAUAUAAGCAUAGAGAUGUGGCAAUUAAGCUCAUAAGUCAACCUCAGGAGGAUGGACACUUGGCUGCUCUUCUGGAGAAGCAAUUCAGUUCAGAGGUCUCUUUGCUGUUUCGAUUGCAGCAUCCUAAUAUCAUCACUUUUGUUGCAGCAUGUAAAAAACCCCCCGUGUUUUGUAUCAUCACUGAGUAUUUGGCUGUGGGCUCUCUCAGAAAAUACCUUCAUCAACAGGAGCCUUAUUCACUUCCUCUCAACCUAGUUCUGAAGUUGGCCCUCGACAUUGCACGUGGGAUGCAAUAUCUUCACUCUCUGGGGAUACUUCACAGGGAUCUUAAAUCAGAGAAUUUAUUGCUUGGGGAAGAUAUGUGUGUGAAGGUAGCAGAUUUUGGAAUCUCAUGCUUGGAGUCUCAAUGCGGCAGUGCAAAGGGAUUCACGAGCACUUACCGUUGGAUGGCACCAGAAAUGAUCAAAGAAAAGCACCAUACAAAGAAAGUUGACGUUUAUAGUUUUGGCAUAGUCCUCUGGGAGCUUUUAACUGCGUUGACGCCAUUUGACAAUAUGACUCCUGAACAGGCUGCCUUUGCGGUCUGCCAGAAGAAUGCUAGACCACCAUUGCCAUCCACAUGCCCUGUGGCUUUUAGACGUCUCAUCAACCGAUGCUGGUCAAGUAAUCCCAAUAAGCGUCCCCAUUUUGAGGAGAUAGUUAAUAUUCUCGAAGUUUAUGCAGCCUCUAUUGAGCAGGAUCCAGAAUUCUUUUUAUCCUACAGCCCUUCCAAUGAUCAUAUUCUUUUUCCAUGCCUGCCAAAGUGCAUUGCGGCUUCUUUAGGAGUUUAAGAACUCUUCUGGAAUUGUGUGUAACGCUAAUUGUAUCAUAUUGCUCUUUUCUUGCCUAGGUAUAUCACUGUUCUGUUGUGAUUAUAAGCUUUUUCAUGUACCCUCUCUCUCUCUCUCUCUCUCUCUCUUGGGUGCAAUAUGCAAGAACAUAGACAGUUUGGUUGA